CAAAGAAAAGGAGUACUGCAUUUCCCCGACUUGAAUAUAGUCCGUCUGGACUAGUUGACCAGCCACGAGAACGGCAAACAUAGAGUCGAAACCAGAGGAUCCACAAUUGGAAAAUAAGCAAUGAUUAUGAUGGAUUCAGAAAACGUCGCUUUUGCGUGUUUAUCUACACAAAUGGCGUAAUUUUUUUAAAAAGUUUACCUAUCUUCGGGUACAUCACCUCAACAGUGGACUUAGAUACAAAUACCAAAUAAUAGACAAAAAUUUCUAGGCUUUAGUAAAAUAUGCACAGGUUUGAAGCUUAGCUGUCUGCUAGUAUAGUAGUAGUGGUACAUGCCGGUUUUUGUAAAGGUGCGCCGGCAAAAAAUAUUAUUUUAAGAACGGCCUGGUCAUUUUCACAUACAAUUCUCGAUGGAUGAAAGUUGACAUAAAUCAGAACUGCAUAUUACUUUAUCUGUACAUAUUUUUCUGUUUUACAUGUAACAUACACUAUUACUGUCCACACACAACAAUAUCAGACAUAAAAGGCAAGCACUUUCAUCACUAUUUAAUGCAUGUUCUUAGACUCGUCCAAUUUUUGGUAGCUCCGCUGACAAAUAAUAAUGUCUUGUCUAGUAUUUGGCAAUUAUAUCAUCUCUAAGUUCAUCUAUCCAGUUUCACAGAUAGGGAACAUGGAGCCAUUCUUUCCUAAAGAAUCAAAUAGAUUGGAACUCAAAAAAAAUGAAAUAGAGCAACUGGUAACCACUUGUGUUGUUGAAGACAAAAUUUCUGGAAUUUCUGGGAACUUCGUCAUUUAUCUAACCAAUCUCCGCAUUUUUUUUCGAGAGAUGCCUUCAGUCAAUGAUCCACUAGUUCAUCCAAGGCAUUGGACGAUUCAGCUUGAGCGCAUUCACCAUUUUAAUGCUCCAAAUUCACUGGUUCUCGGAAAAAAUUCAACAUUGCUUUUAUAUCUCUUUGAUCCUACAGAUACAGAUGCCCAUUACCCUGUGACCAUUAUUUUUCAAUCAAAUCAACUAAACAGAUUUGUACGGGCAUUGUCAAAGCAGAUAGAGAAAAGGCAUUGGCUUCAACAUCCAAAAGGAUCUGGUUUGAAUAUUUCCAAAUCAACUUUUUCGACUUCCGAUGCAGGAGUUCAAGGAAUAACUAGACUGAUCGAGAAAAAAAAUGAAGACAUCGGUUCCUCUAUGCAAGAAGCAUUUAAAAGCCUAGAUUCUUUGUUCGAGAAAGCGGCCGAAAUGACAGCUAUCGCCAAUAAGUUUGCAUCGGACUUCGUUGUAAAUAACUUAGGAAAGAACGAAGAUUUUGAAUUUCAAUAUCAAGUGAUGCAGAAGAUGGGAAUUCGAAACCCGGUCACGAGUCAUAGAUACGGGGAUUGGGAUUUAUAUUAUGACGAACUCGCACGAGAAAUUGAUGAAUUUUUGGCAAAAAAUGUUUUUACUCAAGAAAAUGACUUGUAUCUAAAUUUUCUUGACUCUAGACUAAGCGAGGAACUAGCCAAACAACCCAGCAACAAAAGCUUGCACAUUGACAGACAAUUUAUAACUCUCACUGACUUAUAUUGCCUUCUGAAUCGAGCCAGAGGAACGGCGUUGGUGUCUCCAGAUGAACUUCUAGAAGCCUGCAAAAGGUUAAAAAAAUUAAACUUGCGCGCAAGUUUGAUUGAAAUGACAGGAAAUUUGAUGGCAAUUGUAUCUUCAAAAUACGAUGGAAAAGUUAUGUUACAAGAAAUUGCGACUUUGCUCGAAGAAAGCGGACCCAUGACAGCUAUGCAAUUUUCUAUUUUUCAGUGCGUUCCAUUGCCUAUCAGUAAGCAUUUGCUGCUAGAAGCGGAGAAAAAUGAAUUAGCGUGCAGGGAUGAAUCACUAGAAGGAUUGUUGUUCUGGAAAAAUAUUUUUUUGCAUCCGUGGAAUUUUAAAAAGACAUGAUUGAGCCGUCAACUCAACAACCGGUAGAGAAGCAUUUCAUCA